UACAUGUUGAAUGGGUUGCAGUAUAUCCUAGAUACAAUAUGUGUGCAGAACCGAACAGUUUUCUUGUUGCACAGGGAGAAUUGAAUUCAGAAGGUAUAAAUAACCCGGGAGGAAAAACAUAAAUGCAAGCAGUUUAUAUUCAUUUCCAGUGUUCUUUCUCUGGGUAUAGCUGCUUCUGGACAGCCUUGUUUUACAAACGCUGAUUUUAUUGAAAGGAUCCUAACUGAUCCCCAGCCUGUAGAACGGGAGAGCCAGUUUUCAGAUGGGACCAAGAUCUGAGCCCCAGAGUGAAGGGCCCAAUUGAAGUGAUCUUGCUUUUGACUUCCCAGGUCCCAGCUUUACUAGAAAGUGGUAGAUGAUGUCUCCCAGGAAAAUGUCUCCAGCCCAGAAGAAGAUUCCUGUCCUGAGACCUUUAAUCCAAGUUCUAUUACAGCACCUGAGGUGAAGGAGCAGCCCCUGGAACUGUUUGGUCAUCCUGGCUGACCAGAGAGAAUUGGACAGGUGACCACAUGGCCUUAGACACGAUGCUUGGGGAGAGAGCUCAAGGCCCUGUUCUUCACCAAGACAGCAGCAUGGAGGUUGAGGAGGGAAUGACUUUGGGGUUCCUCACAGCCAGGUUUCAGGAGUCGGUGAUGUUCAGGGACGUGGCUGUGGACUUCACCCAGGAAGAAUGGAGGUACCUGGAGCCGGCCCAGAGGGCCCUGUACAGAGACGUGAUGCUGGAGAACUACCAGAACUUGGUCUCCUUGGGACUUCCUGUUUCCAAACUUGAUGUGAUCUCUCUAUUGGAGAGAGGAGAAGCCCCAUGGAGACCCAAGGGAGGAGACCCAAGAUGCUCCUGUCCAGAUUCCUUUACUGAGGAAAGCAGAAUUACAAACAACUGCCUUCUGAUACAGGCUAUUUGCAUGCAAGAAUUAUCCAAGAAAAGAUUGUCAAAGGAUCCUAUUCAUUGUUCAAAGAUUCGAAAAGCUAGAGAAAAUGAUAUUAAUUUAGAGAAAUCGAAGGGUAGCCAGGAGAGACAGUUCAAAGAAAUAGCAAUCACUCCUAGAACAACUUUUAAUAAAGAUAGUGUGCCUCAGAGUGAUACACUGGGGAGAAGUUUUAGUCCAGGGUCAGUCUUAGGUGCAUUGUGGAAGGGAGGGGUGGAGAAACAUUUCCAUAAUUACAAGAAACUUGGAAAGAGUUUCAGGGAUUUUUCAGACCUGAAUACGUGUAAUAGACCUUCCUUAGAGAAAAACUUGGUUAAGUGUACCUUGUGCAGGAAGCCCUUCAGUUACCGCUCAGAUCUAAUUAAAUUUCAUAGAAUUCAUACAAGAGAAAGGCGAUAUGAACACAAUGAAUAUGGAAAAGCCUUUGGCAGAAGACAAAAUGUCACUGGACAUCAGAGCAUUGAUACUAGAGAAAAACAUGAAUGUGAUCAAUAUGGGAAAGGCUUUAGGCACAAGGAAAUCUUGACUAAACAUAAGAAAUUUCAUACUGCAGUGAAACCCUUCAAAUGUAAUGAAUGUGGAAAGUCCUUCAGAGAAAGUAAAGUACUCAAAAGCCAUCAGAGAAUUCACACUGGAGAGAAACCUUUUGAAUGUAAUGAAUGUGGGAAAGGGUUUAGCCAGAGGGCCAAUCUUGUUAGACAUCAGAGAACUCAUACUGGAGUAAAACCCUUUGAAUGCAAUCAGUGUGGGAAAGCUUUUAGCCAGAGAGGGCAGCUCAUCUAUCAUCAAAGAAUUCAUACUGGUGAAAAACCAUUUGAGUGCAGUGAAUGUGGGAAAUGCUUCAGCCGAAGGGCAAUCCUUAUUACCCAUCAGAGAACUCACACAGGAGAGAAACCCUUUGCAUGUAAUGAAUGUGGAAAAGCCUUCAGUGAGAGUAAAGUACUCAAAAGCCACCAGAGAAUUCAUACUGGAGAGAAACCUUUUGAAUGUAAUGAAUGUGGGAAAGCAUUCAGCCAGAGGGGGUUGCUUAUUUAUCACCAGAGAAUCCAUACCGGAGUGAAACCCUUUGAAUGUAACGAAUGUGGAAAAGCCUUCAUUGAGAGUCAAGUAUUAAAAAGCCAUCAGAGAAUCCAUACUGGAGAAAAACCUUUUGAAUGCAAUGAAUGCGGUAAAGGCUUCAGUCAGAGAGGACAUCUCAUUAGACAUCAGAGAACUCAUACUGGAGUGAAACCUUUUGAAUGUAAUGAAUGCCAAAAAGCUUUCAGUCAGAGAGGAAACCUAAUUUAUCAUCAGAGAAUUCACACUGGAGAGAAGCCUUUUGAAUGUAGUGAGUGUGGGAAAGGCUUCAGACAGAGAGCAGUUCUUAUCACCCAUCAGAGAACUCACACAGGAGUGAAACCCUUUGAAUGUAAUGAAUGUGGGAAAGGCUUCAGCCAGAGAGGACAUCUCAUUAGACACCAGAGAACCCAUACAGGAGUGAAACCCUUUAAAUGUAUUGAAUGUGGGAAAGGCUUUAGCCAGAGUGGACACCUCAUUAAACAUCAGAAAACCCAUACUGGAUCAAAACAUUUUGAAUGCAAUACAUUCCUUCAUGAAGAACAAGUUAUUCCAAAGUAGUUUUCCAUCAAUUGGGGAAUGGCUACAUGUAUUAUGUGAUAUAAAUAAUGAAAUAUGACUGUGCUAUAAGAAAUGGUAAAGAAUUCAAAGAAACAUAAGACAAUAUGAACUGAUGCAGGAUGAAGUACAGAGGACCAGAAAUGUAGUAUGCACCAAGAGUAUAACAAUGUAAGCAAAACAAAAAACUUCAAUGCAGCAUAAUUUAAUGACCCAGUUUGACCUCAGGAUAUGCGAAAUGCACUUGCCUCCCUUUUUUCAAAAAGAUGGGACUAGGGAUAGAUAACAAGUGUUUGCUGUCAAACUUUCCUGGAUUGUGUUGUUUAGUUUUGUUAAAUUGUUUCUUAAUCUCCCCACCUUCAUUCUUUGUUACAAGAGAUGGCUCUUUGGGUAGAAAGGGGUGAAGGUCAUACUAAAACAUAUUAAAAUUAUUUUUAAAAAUUAUUUUAAAAGAACAUAUGCUAGCUCAUUUCCUUUACUGGUUGUAAACUAGCAUAUGCCUUGUUGAUGCAGGGUUGUUGACAUUGCUGUUUCCUCUCAUUAGACUGAGGGGACAGGACUGUUCAUUUUUUAAAUCUUUCUUUGUCUCCCCAGUGCUUAGCACAUGCCUGGAACAUAGCAGUCACUUAAGAAAUGCUAAUUGGUUGAGGUUAAAGUAAUGUUGUAGACAUAAUUUAACCUAAAACAAAGUAGCUAAUUAAGUCUUUUGUGGAAAAAACAGAGCAAUGUAGGCUACAUUGUCAUAAAAUUAAAUGGGUCCAAAACAGAUUGAAUUAUCAAUUCCAAAAUGUGAUCAUUAAUAAUUUGAAGUCAGAUUGAAAGGCCUGCCAAGGAAGUGCUUCAGGCUCCCAAGCUGCUUGAAUAUUUUUGUCAGUGACUUAUGUGAUGCUGCAUUUGCCAAAUUUCUCAUUCCCUUCUGUAUGUUUUAAAAAAACAAAACCAACUUUUUUUUUUUUUUCUGCUCGGUCUUAUUGUCACUAAUCUUUCUCUGCUUCUUUCUAAGUCUCUUCCCUCAUUCCCUAAAAGCCUUCUAUUUUAACAUAUCUUUGUAGUUGAGCAAAGCAGUUCAGCACUUUGGUCAUGUCUGAAAUGAACAUUUCAUCUGCCUUUCUACCCAAGAUGUAGAAGACAUGUUAUCCUCUGUCUUUGGCAACUGUCAUUCAUUGCACUGAAGAAGGUACAGAAAGGGAUAUAGUCAAAUGACAGUUUUGGAAAUAUUACAUGUAAGUUUGUUAUGUAAUUAAAAAACAAGCUGGACUUAAUCAAAA